UGAAGCUAAGACCGUGGAAAGCAGAGCUGAGGGAUGAAUAAGAAACACCAUUGAUGCAAACCUCUGUAUAUGUCUGUAAUGCCCUUUUUAUUUCUAGCUCAGUACUUAUAUGAUUAUUUGUGCAGUUCUGUUUUUUUUAUUAAACUCAAUUUGUUUUUCAACCUAAAGCAGGUGAAGGAAAAAGGCAGCAGAGAAGUAUCUAAGCCAGCCCACUGAGGUAUGACUCACCAGCAAGACUUACUAACUUCCAGAAGGAGUACGUCAUCUUCUUAUGGACCUCUGCUAAAGAGACGCUCAAUAUAAUACAUAUAAUGUCAGCAUAUGAGAAGAUAUGUAAACAAGAGAAAGAGGAUAAGGACUUCCCUUAUGUAGCCAUUAUAAUACCAGGAAAUGAGCAGAUCUGUAAGGAGGAAGAAGUAGAAGAGUUUAUUUGUACCCAUUGUGGGAAGAGUUUUACAGGACUGUUUAAUUGCUUAAAACAAGAGCAGCUUCAUAACGGAUAUACAGUAAAUCAUGUCAAUGAGCAAACUCAAUCAGAAGAAGCAUCUUAUAAGUGUACUGACUGUGGGAAGAGCUUUACGUGUCUGAAUUACAUUUUGGCACACCAACAUAAUCAGGUUGAAGAAAAACACUUUAAAUGUAAGACUUGUGGGGUAUCAUUUUUAUAUCAGGCAGCACUUUCUGAGCAUGUACAAACCCAUGGAAAGGAUAAUAAACCUUUUGUAUGUACAUACUGUGGAAAGAGCUUUACAUAUCGAUCAACAUUGUCACAGCAUCAGCGAAUUCACACUGGAGAAAAACCUUUCAAGUGUACAGAUUGUGGGAAGACAUUUUCACAGAAAACUACACUCACUAACCACCAGUAUAUUCAUGAAGGUAGGAAACCAUAUAAGUGUUCUGAAUGUGGGAAGAGUUUCACACAGCCCUCAGCUCUUGUUAGUCAUCAGUAUAUUCAUACACAAGAAAGACCUUUUAAGUGUAUUGACUGUGGAAGAGGAUUCUCACAGAAGUCUUCACUAACAGCCCACCGUCGAAUUCAUACAGGAGAGAAACCAUAUCAUUGUUCUGACUGUGGAAAGAGUUUUACGCAAAAAUCUCCUCUAAAUGACCACCAACGAAUUCAUACAGGUGAAAAACCUUAUAAAUGCAGUGAAUGUGGAAAGAAGUUUACAUACAGGGCAAGUCUGUCUCAGCAUCAGAGGAUUCACACAGGACAAAAACCUUUCAAGUGUACUUACUGUGAAAUGACUUUUGCACAACAAACUACACUAAACAAUCACCAGAAAAUCCACAAGGGUAAAAAACCAUAUCAUUGCAGAGACUGGGAAAUUAUUUUUCACAAAUAAGCGAACUCUUUAAGAUAUGAUAUACCAACAAAUUCAAAGAGAAUAAAUCCUGGAUACAUUAUGAAUGUCAUUAAUAUUUUUGAGACAAGUCAGAUAUCUGUAGUUACUUAACUCAGUAUUGAAUCAAAAUACAAAAUGAUUCAAAAAGGUCAAGUUUCUGUCCUAGCUUUCAAACAAAAUCUAAACUUUAGUGGCAUUUCAGUGUGGUUAGCCUUAAAAAUGUAUUGAUUUUAAGUUAUUCUGAGACAGUACAAGUACAGAAAUAUCAAAGGAAUAAAGGUAGAAAGCCAACUGUUAGAGAAGUGGAAGGGAAAUUACACAUAAUAAAGAAAAUAAAGCAUUUCAUCUAGGACAUACGGAAGGAAACAAAGAAUUGCUUUUAGGUAAUUAAUAUCUAAGGUUUUUAAGAGAAACCAAUGAUAGGCUGGAAGUUUUUUGUCAGAUAUUUUAUAUCUACAGAUAGGUAUCAGUGGAAAAUAAGAAAAAUAGAGAUUUAGUCCCCUUUCAGUAAAUGUAGCAGCAAGAAAAAAAGAUAUGUUGGCUUGACUUCAUCACUGGUGAACAAUUCCAUAAAAUCAUAGAUGAAUUAAGUAGUGUGGAAUAUUUAUAACUUCAGUGGUAACAAAAUAAAACGUAAGACAAAUUCAAACGAGGAAAAUCAUUUUUUGAUAGGGUGACUAGGAUAUCAGGUCAAGUUGGAGAGGUUAACAAGAAAUUCUUAGAUUAAAGAAAGAAAAUAAAUUCUAUAUACAAAUCUCCUAAAUGAGGUAAAAGAUUAGUCAGUCUGUGGGGUCUGCAGUAAAGCUGUAGCUAUAAAACUGGUUAGGGGACAAGAAACUCAUGGAGAAGGAAAAAUUAUCCACUACAGGUGUAGAGAAGUCUGAGACCAUUUAUAUUAAUAGCUUUAACAGUGACAUUGCAGAAGGGUAGACGGGAGUGGCAUACCUGUGUGAAUUUGUCUAUAGAAUCUGCAGUAAAGCAGAGUUAACAGUACGUAUGUAAUCAGCAUGAAUACAAAUCUGAGACAGUUACAUUAGUUUAUGGUAGACGAGUCCCAAUUCCUUCACUUAAGCCACAGAGAUGUCUUAGUGUUCAUAACACUAAGAUGGGUAUUGAUAAUGAUCACACAGGAACGGCUAUGGGUUAACUCAAAUAUGAAAUAUCCAAAGUGAUCAGCAUAGAGAACAAAGCAUUGAAAAGCACCGAGAGGUUGCUUUGGACAGGUAUAUAUCACAACAGACAAAUGGGGCUGGGAGUGCCUGUUUCAUGGGUUACUUGUGAGACUACCUCUGAAGCAGUUCCUGUGGUAGCGGGCACUCCACCUCUGGAAGGACGCAGAGUAGAGGUGGCCCAGAAAAAUGCAACUUUUACUGUGCAGGAUUAACAUUAUAGUCUAUAAAGAAAGUCUGAUAAAAUGAAAAACAAUAUCUGUAUGUUUAAAGAAAGCAAGGGCGAAGGGAGGAUAUGACAGAAGCCUCUUCUUGCAUAUAAGCAGGUGCCAAAAAAGAAACUUUUAUUUCUAAAAAAAUAUGUAUAAUUUAUAUCAUGGUAGAUAGUACACAUGAAUGCUGAAGUGUUUUUUUACAUUCAUAAAAUUUUAGUAAGCACAAUCCUCAAUGGCCAUUGAGGAGCUUCCAUAUUCUAACAGGCACAGUCAGAUUUUCUAUUUCCCAUGAAGUAGUCUGAUUUUAUUUGGGCUCUCUAACAGAUCCAUAUUUUUAAGUAGAAAAGUAGUCCUCUCUAUAAAUAGGAUAGGUGUUGUAUCAUAACACUGAUUGCUCUUUAUUGUGUUUUUAUUUUUGUCUUCAAGAGACAUCCCUUCUACACUGUGCACAAAGAGCUGUGAUAUGAAAUGAGAAAGUUAUUCACACAACGUCUUUAGAAUCCAACCAUGAAGACAGUAAACACAUAUUAGCUGUAGUAUUUCCAGGUAUAUUAAACUUUAUUGCCAAUUUGGUUCACAUUCUACCCAAAUCAUAGAGCAAAAUUAAUAUGUGAAAUAUGUUAGUCACAGAAAUGGUGAACGAUUCUUGAAGUAGUUUAUCAAAGAUAAUGAUGGGUUUACAAUGAGAAAAUGAGAAAACAUGAAGCAGACAUAAAAACUGAAGAGUGAUACAAGUGAAGAACUGGGUAAAGCCAAAGGCCAAGCAGUGUCUGAGAUGUUAGUAGGCAAAAUGGGCAAGCCAUGCAAUCAUGACUUACUGGUAAUUUUUGUGUUUUCAUGUUUCUAGUCCUGAUACCAUGUAAAUCGUAACAUGAAGUUCUGAGAGGAAAAUAAAACUAUCUUUUCUAACAUCACAGCUUUGUACUCUGCAAGUGUAGACUAUUAUGUCAAUACAUAAAUUUAAGAUCAGUGUUAGCUUUUCCAUGCAUUUGUCACAGAAUUGCAGUUACAUAGAUUUUACUGGAAUGAACAGGGCACAACAUAAAACAAGAAAUAAAGUGCUUGGGAAUGCAGCUGAGGUUCAGGCAUACAGAAUUUGAUUUCAUAGGUACAUUUUUUUUAAUAACUGCCUCAUUCAACCCCAGAACAUGAAAUGUUGUUCUAAAAUCCAUUCUUAUGAUGGCUACAAAAAAACAUUUGUGGGCUGUCUUUGAAGUUGUUCAACAUGAAUUAUAAACUGUACUAUGAAGCAAACAGUACUUAACAAGAGGCUAUCCCAGGGUAAAGCAUCAUCACAUAUCACAGCUCUGCCAUCAGGCUACACUUUUAAAUACACUGGAAAAGAACAUGCUUAUCACAGCUGAAUGCACACUCUGAUUAUACCAAUGUUCUUGUAAAAGUGACAGCAAAGCGUUAUUUUUCUAAAAUUCCAGUUCAGUGUGUAACAUGAGCAGCCACGGUUCCCAAAUAUAAGAUAUAACUAACAAGAGGUGAGUAGUUCCAUAUACACAGUUUACUGAAUAUUCCAAUGAAUUUCGGGUUUUCCCAGUUAGGGGUCACCACAGUGGAACUCCGGACCGCUCAUGAUUGGCAGU